AACGACUUCCGAUGUUUCUGCACGAUACCAUCUGAGGUCCGCUUCCUUCAUCGCGGCUGCUCAUCCCGACGUUUUCCUCCCUGCCCAAAACGCCCGACUCGCGCUGUGUCAAACUCGCCUUAGGCUCCUGUGACCCGCAGACCACGUAAAUCCCGCAAGCUUGAGUCACUGAGUUGGCCUUACCGCGGACCUUCCUUCGCCCAAGUUCUCAGGCUCUGCUAGACCCACACUAUUCCACCGUCUGCAGCUUCGCUCACUUAUAGAUGUCGGAAGCCAACGUCGGCACCCCUCUGGCCAACUCUGUCGGCCUGGUGACGCAGUCACCUCUUGCCUUCGCUCUUGUUCUCGUUGGACUGUACUGGGCUCAGAAAAUCAUCCGUGGAGCUGACUCUUCCCGUCCUCCGCGCACACCGUACUGGAUACCAUGGGUUGGAAAUGCAGUAGAGAUGGGCAAGGAUCCAGAUGGAUUCUUUAGUAACAUGACGAAGACACUCGGGCCUAUCUUCCGCGUCACAACGUUGGGCCAGGAAAGGGUGUUCGUAACAUCGCCAUCGCUCAUUAGUCAAGUGUAUCGCGAUUCACAGAACUUCGACUUCCUUGCUGUUCGCGUCGAGAUAGGCCGGCAGGCGUUUUCCAUCGACGAUCGGGUCGGUACGACUCCAUACAUGUUCGACAAUUACAUGCCUGCUCUUCACCACAUCUUGCUCCCUGCCAACAUCAAGUCCAUGACUUCGACAUACCUCCAGAGCGCUCAUGACACGCUUGUCGGCGCCAUCUCUAGCUUGGAUGGGGCGUCUGGCCCCCUCAAGACCAUCAUCAUACCCCCAGCAUACCGCGCCGCCGCCCAUGCCGGUUUCGGUCCAGACUUUCCUGCAGAGAAGACCUGGAAGGGUUUCACAACGUUUGACGAGAGCUUCCACAUGAUCAACGCUGGCCUGCCCAGGUUCCUGUUCCGCAAACAGUUUAAAGCAUGGGAGGGCGUGACAGACAUCAUACAGGCGUAUCUUGAAGAGAAAAAGGACGAGGUCCACGAGCUGAGUCCGUUCCUUCAGGCUGCACUGGAUGGACGUCAAGCCGGUUGGACGGAACGUGACAUCUCCAUCAUUCUUGCCACCCAGCUGUGGGCCCUGCAGGCGAACGCCAUCUGGGCCGCGUACUGGCUCGUCGCCGAACUGCUCCAGCAACCUGACGGUCUCGCUCCCCUCGUCGCCGAGCUGGACGCUGUCCGCAAGCAGUGGCAGGCAGCACACCCGUCCACGCCUUUCGGCCCCGCGUUCUUCGACGACAUGAUCGUGUCGAAUCCCAAGGACGUCCCGCUCCUGUCUUCGGCUAUCCAGGAGACCCUGCGGUAUAGCAGCUCAACGUUUUCUAUGCGUCACGUUACGGCCCCUGUGCAGCUCGGAGGCUACGAGCUGCGCCCGGGCGACAAGGUCAUCUGUGUGACGCGGCAGACCCAUCUGGACGAAGAUAUCUACCCCCGCGCGAAUGAGCUUGAUAUCCGCAGGUAUCUGGACCCCCCACGGCCGGUGAAAGACGGGAAGCCCGUGCCGAAUCACUUCAUGGCGUUUGGCGGUGGAGUGUCCAUGUGCGAGGGCAGGCACUUCGCGAUGACGGAACUCCGGCUGUUCGUUGCGAUCCUUUUGACGUAUGCGACGCUGGAGGUCGACGAGGGCUGUACGACUCGUCCGGAACUCAGCCGGGAGCGGAUGGGAUUGGGUAUCAUGCACGCCAACGGAGACAUGGAUCUAUGCGUCGACUCGGUGGAUGCACAAUGCAUGCCUGAGGCGCUCUUGUUGUCUCAGUCUGCGGGCCUACUCCACCGGGCCCGACCGCGCAGCCACGUCGACGAGUCUGCCAAAGCCCAGGUUGGACUACAGAGACAUCUCCGAGAACGUCGUCUUCAAGUCGCACAACGCCUUCAAUCGAAAAGCGCCCCUGCCCGUCGGCGCGGUCCAGACCGUAGCACGGCUGUAUGAGGAGCAGAAGGACCUGUCGCAGACAUUGAACGCGAAGAGGCACGCGCGUUCGGUUUUCGGUGAGCGGAUACGCACUCUGGCUCAGGACCCGCAGAAGAAGCAGGCCGUGCUGGACGAGGCGAAGGCCCUGAAGGCGGAGAUCUCAGAGCUUGAAGACCGCGUCGCCCAGCUUGAGGACGAGCUGCACACCCUCUCCCUCGCAAUCCCCAACGACACACACCCCGAAGUUCCUAUCGGCCCCGAGUCCGUCGCAGUUACCCUAUCCACCCACGGCCCCGAGCCCAUCCCCGCCUCCCCCGCACGCGACCACGUCUCGAUAUGCCGCGCCCUCGACAUCCUGGACCUCGAGGCCGGCGCGACCGUCACGGGCUCCUCGUGGUACUACCUCAAGAACGAAGCCGCGCUGCUGGAGCUCGCGCUGACCAACUACGCGCUGAGCAUCGCGCUGAAGUACGGGUACACGCCUGUCACGACCCCCGACGUCGUCCGCGCGGACAUCGCGCGGCGGUGCGGCUUCCAGCCGCGUGAUCCCGUCGACGGUGCGGCGUCGCAGAUGUACCAUCUCGCGCACACGGCGGACCCUGCCGCUCUGCCGAGCCACGGUCACCCGGAGCUCGUGCUGGCGGGCACGGCGGAGAUCCCGCUCGCUGGGAUGUUCGCGAACAGGAUCCUAUCUGCGAGCGAGCUGCCUGCGAAGGUCGUCGGGCUGGGGCAUGCGUUCCGGGCGGAGGCUGGCGCCAGAGGGGCGGACACGAGAGGGCUCUAUCGCGUGCACCAGUUUACGAAGCUGGAAUUGUUCGUGGUCUCGGGCGAGGAGUCGAGCGGGGCAGUGAUGGAGGAGAUGCGGAAGAUGCAGGCGGAGAUCUUCGAGGGCCUCGGGUUGUCCUUCAGGGUGCUCGAGAUGCCCACGGAGGAGCUUGGUGCGAGCGCGUACCGAAAGUACGACGCCGAAGCCUGGAUGCCUGGCCGGGGCGGCUGGGGAGAGAUCUCGUCGACCUCGAACUGCACCGACUAUCAGGCGCGUCGCUUGCACAUCCGCUACCGACGACAAACACCUCCGUCGACAGAUGGGUCUUCACAUCCUGCGGAGCAGGCACAGGCAGCUGUUACAUUCGCGCAUACGCUGAAUGGGACAGCGGCUGCCGUGCCUCGCUUGAUCGUCGCUUUGGUCGAGAACGGCGCUGUGUUUGAUGGCUCCGGGACGGUCGUCGGUUUGAAGCUCCCUCGGGCUUUGCAACCGUUCUGGGUCGGCGGCAACCCUCGGGGCUUGGUUCAGUGGGACAUCCCGGGCGGUGCCCCGGCCCCAGCCCCUUCCUCCUUCCCUCCCACUUCUAUCUGCACCAUGACGUCUCUCUACAAGCAGGCCUACUCCGCCUUUGUCAACGAGAAACCACGCUCCUCUAUCACGGAGUGGGUGGAGAUCCUGACAUCCAGCAACUACGACGCAGAAGCAUACGAUGGAAUCCCUGAGAUUGUGGAAUCUAUCAAUAUCCAGGCUACCGGGCCCGCGGAGGCCUCGCGGGCCAUCCGAAAGAAGAUUAAGCAUGGCGACCCACACGCGCAAUACCGCGCUCUCCAUAUACUGAAGGCGUUGGUCGAGAACGGCGGCCCGAAGAUCCAGAGCUCCUUCAACGACCAUAUGCUUAUCGACGCGAUAAAGCAUCUUGCCGCAGACCCCGCCACGGACUCCAAGGUCAAGAAGAAGCUCACGGCCGUCCUCGCCGGGUGGCGCCGCCAGUUCGCGGACGAUCCGUCGAUGCAGUAUGUCGCCAAGUUGUACGACCAGUGCAAGAUGGCGCAGGCAGAUCGUAUCAGCGCGGACAAGCGGGCGAUUGAGCAGGUGAACGCGGGCAUCGGCGUGGAUCCUGAUUACAUAGAGAGAGAGAGGAAGAGGAAGGAAGCGGAGGCUAGGAAGAAGAAAGAGGAGGAGAAGAGGAAGGCAAAGGAGGAGAAAGAGAAGAGAAGGCGGGAGGAGGAGGAGAGGAGGCGUAAGGCAUCACAGCCGAAGACGAAGAGGAAGCCGUUCAACUUCGAGCAGGAGAAGCCUCAGAUCCUCACUGCAAUUGCGAAUGCCUCCCAAGCUGCUAGUAACCUAGUGAACGCCAUGACCCUCGUCAACCCUCAACAAGAGAGUUACGAAUCCAGUACGCGGGUGCAGGAAUGCUUGGUGAAUGUCAAGCAAGCCCGGAAGCAGAUUGUCCGUUACAUUCAGCUCGUGGAGAACGAAGACAUGAUCGGCGUCCUCAUUGAGACGAACGACCGUAUCAUUGCCGCAAUUGAGAAUUACGACCUGCUCACCAAACCAGACACCACCGAGGCGCAGGUGAAGGAGAUCCAAGAGGGCCUCGCUGCCGCGAAGCUUUCCACGGGCGAGCUCGCCAAGCUGCAGGACAAGCAGCGGGCAGCCAUCAACCGGUCAAUCGGACGUUCAGGUACUUCGAGCAUGGGCCCAGGUUCUGGGGACGAGAGCCCGACCAGUCCCUCGAGCCCCUCAUAUGUCCACCCUGACCUGCAAGAUCUUCAGUUUGGCGCACUGGGUUCCGAGCAAAGGGGGCUCCCACCACCGAUACGACCCACCUCGGCUCGUCGCUCUUCGUCCGAAAACGACGACACGUACCGCCGUGGUUCUCUCUCUGACUAUAGCGACUACCAGUCCUCGGACGAGGACACGCAUAACCGUGCAGGACCUUCCUCGAGCGUGCAGCCUCGACGCGGCUAUGUCGACGUCUCGGAUGACGACUCGUCGCACGACGUGCGCCGCGACCCCAAGCAAAGCUUGUUGCGUGACACCGAGGAUCCUUUCGCCGACCCCUUUGCCGAUUAGGAGCACGCAGGAAGUCGACUUUGUUUCAGCGUGUUGUACGAGCUGCGGAAGUCGUGAAUGAGGAGCCGAGGCGUUAUCUCCCAUAUGUAUCAUUGGUAUCUGUGCUUUCUGCGCUACUAUAUUCUGGCUCCAGGGCCCUGCGACGUAUCCUGAUAUCCACCUGUCUGUCAUAGUGUUGGAUGUUGUAUGACAUAUGAAGGCGCGAGUGAAUAGAACCAGAUUCACGAAGACCUCAGAACGACUUCGCGAUGAGGUUCUAUAUCCGUUAAGCAAUUGCACUUUUGAAGAACGGGUCGCAUCAUGAAUGACAUGGCAUCGAACGAGCACUAUCGCUUGCGCUCCACGCGCCAUUUGUACACUCGCGGCUUCCAGGUCUUCUCGUCUACCUUCUUAGGCCUAGGUGCAUCUUCGUCAUCCCCGUCGUCGUCACCGUCGUCAUCGACCUUCUCCACUCCACUGAGUUUCCUCGUCGCGCCCUUGCCCAUGAGCAGCUUUUGCAUCUCGAGCUCGCGCUCAGCGUACCGCAGCUGCUUGUCGCGGAAAAGCCGGGCAGAGAGCUCUUUGAGCAGGCGCGUUCGGUGUUCCUUCUUCGCCUCCGUCGUCUCGAGCGCAGACUCGUUGGCAUCCGUGUCCAUCUCUUCCGUCGCACCCUUCGACUUCCUGCGCUUGCGCUUCGUCUCUUCCAGCUGCUUCCAGCCCAUGUCAACCUCCACCGCUUGUUCGACGUCCAUGCGGUCUUCCUGUGAUUCUGCAGACUUCCUGCUCGCAGAAACCCGCUGUCGUGCUUCUUCCUCGUCUUCGGCAAAUAAGAUAUGUCUCCCCUUCUUGUGAUGCGACUUCCGCCGGGCCCUUUUGGAUGCAGGCGGGACCACGCCCGCUUCACGGAGAACUUCGAGCUCGUGAUCGUCCAGCUCUUCCGCGCCGCCAUCGUCGCCCUCUAAUGGACUAGCCCGGAGAAGGUUCGCAAGCUGACUGAGCUGGGCCUUCAGCUUGUCUAUUUUCUUCAGCCCGGCAGCCCUCAUGGUCCGCAGAUAGUUCUCGUCUUGCGUCUUGAGCACCUUCACUAUGUCCGUAGGCAGCGCUUCGUUUCCUCUGUCUUGGACGUGCACGCCUCCCUCGGUCCUCUCCCUCGUCAUGGAGAAAUAGAAUUCAUCCUUGUUCCUCGUAGCCGCCUUCUCCCGCAGACGGUUGAUCCUAUCCUGCUUCGAGUGGUAGUCUCGUGCACGGAGCACGUAGUCUUUGUGUUUCUCGAGGAUGCCAAGGCGUGUACGGUGAGAGAGCUGAGAACGCUCUUUAUGCGAACGUCUGUGGAGUGAAUUCUUGAGCGAUGACAUGGUGAUCUGAAAAGCGUUGAGACGGAGGAGAAGCCGUGUUGUAGGAAGGUGAG